UCAGCUUGACUCGUUCACUCGUCGUUCUCUCCUCGCUCUCAUCUAUAAGAGUGCGCUUGCCGCUGUGCGUCGCUCUCACUCUUUCUCCCAUCUCCCAUCUCUCUCUCUCUCUUCUUCAUCUCCUCACCACCUCCCCACCACCUCCCUUCCACCAGAGCUAGUCUCGCUUCACCACCUACCCACCCCCUCACACUCUCUCUCCACACCUGUCCUUGACCCCGCCCACUACUAUCCAUCUAAAACAUCCUAUCAAUCAACCAAAUAACCAUGCUCUUCUUCAUCGUCCUUCUCGCCUUUGCCGCCCUCGCCAGCGCCCAGAGGGUCCUCUUUGAGGGCUCGGGAUACCGUGCCACUGUCUACUAUGGUGUCAACGACGGCGACGUCUGCGGCACCGACAACGGUGGCCCCUUCCCCAACCGCUGGGCCGUCACCUCGGGCAUCAACGACGGCUACCCGUUCUGCACCUCCAAAAUCCAGGCCCAGGCCAAGACCCUCACACAGUACAACACCAACCGCAUCGUUGCCAUGAACGCCAACAUGAUGCAGAACGACCGCGAGUACUGGUGCGGCAAGGAAGUUCAAAUCUUCAAGGACGGCAAGCAGAUUAUUCUCGACGAGGGACCAUUCAUCCUCAUGGACGGCUGCGCCGCCUGCAUGACCGCCAGCAUCAUUGACGUCUCCGCCAAGGCCUUCACCCAGAUGUCUGGCGGCAAGUGCGGCGACAACCCCGAGGGCUUCACCGUCAAGGUCAUCGACAACGACUUGAGCGCUACCCUCGGCGACGACGCUCGCGGCCCUGCCAAGGGUGCGUCGGUGUACAACCCCUCGGGCGAUGCCGCUGCCCCCGCCCCCGCCCCCGCCGCGGCCGAACAGCCUUCUACCGUCUCCUCCCUCGCCGCCAACCCCCCCGCCACGCCUGCUGCGCAGGCCACUGGCGCCCUCGCUGCUGAGCAGCCCCCCAUCGACACCCCCCCGGUCGCCGUCAAGCCCGCCGCCGCCCCUGCCGUCACGCCCGCCCUCGCCGCCGCCCCCGCCGCUCAGCAGGCUGAGCCCCCGGUCGCCGACACGUGCACGUACGGCAAGUGGCGCUGCGACGGCCUGCGCCUGCAGAUUUGCAACCGCGCCACGGCCGGUUUCGCGUGGGAGACGAUCGCGACGUGUGCUGCUGAGUGUUCCUUUACGGUCUCGGGAUCCGCCGUCUGCCAGUAGCUGCGGAGCAGCGUGACGGCCGAGGGCCCGGUGCCCAGCCUGAGUCUGUAUAUUAGCCUGGAGCUGGAGCCCAGUAUGCAUGUUGUGAUACUAGCGGAGUGACGGCGGAGGCUGGGAGAGGCGAUUGAGUAGAUCAAGUGGGG